ACUGGAUUUUGUAACAAGGCGACAUCUAUUUUCACCUUUUUAACUCACGUCUACCUAAAUACAAAAAAUGAGAGGAUCUUCUGAGCAUAAUUGCUUCUUGAGUGGUAAAUGCAGUUUCUUGCAUUUAUAAAAUGCGAGCAAAAGGAUCUUAAGUCAUCAUUCUAUUUCGAGAAUUAUUCAAGAAUCAUCCUCUAACAACUUAUAAUAAUUCGAGACUUGUUUACAAACAAUUUAUAAAAAAAAUCGCUAUCAUCCAAACAACGUCAUCAUGUUCUCUCAAAGGAACGGCAAUAAUAACACUUCAUCACCAUCCAGUAAUCCACCUCAGCAAGCGCCAGUUAAACAGCUUGGCAUGACAUCGGCCAUCUCAUUAGCUGGGCCAAAACAAGAAGACAUUCAGAGAACUGUGGAUUUGGAAAAAUCUCUUGAACCUUUUAAUGUCUUUGAAAACGAACAGGAACUCAAUCAUCGCAUGGAAAUCCUCGCAAAAUUGAAUGGACUGGUAAAGCAGUGGGUAAAAGAUGUCUCGAUUAGUAAGAAUAUGCCGGAGCAAAUGGCUGAAAAACUCGGAGGGAAAAUCUAUACAUUCGGAUCAUAUCGCUUAGGAGUUCACCACAAAGGCGCUGAUAUUGACGCUCUCUGCGUUGCUCCACGUAACAUUGAAAGAGCUGAUUACUUCUCGUCCUUUUUCGAUCUCUUGAAACAACAACCAGAAGUAACUGAAUGUCGCGCUAUUGAAGAAGCCUUUGUACCGGUCAUUAAGAUGAAAUUUGACAACAUCGAAAUUGAUUUGCUAUUCGCUCGUUUGGCGUUGAAGGAAAUUCCCGAUAAUUUCGAUCUUCGCGAUGACAUGCUGCUAAAAAAUUUAGACCAUAGAUGUGUGAGAAGUCUGAAUGGUUGUCGCGUAACAGACGAAAUCCUUCGUUUAGUUCCAAACAUAGAAAACUUCAGACUGGCUUUAAGAACAAUCAAAUUAUGGGCCAAAAAACACGGAAUCUAUUCAAACUCAUUGGGCUACUUUGGAGGAGUAUCAUGGGCUAUGUUGGUCGCUAGAACAUGUCAACUCUAUCCAAAUGCAGCAGCAGCAACAAUCGUCCAUAAGUUCUUCUUAGUCUUCUCUCGCUGGAAGUGGCCACAACCAGUUUUGCUUAAACAACCUGAUACAGUCAAUCUUGGAUUUACAGUUUGGGAUCCUCGCGUGACUCCAACUGACAGAUAUCAUCUCAUGCCAAUUAUCACUCCAGCUUAUCCACAACAGAAUUCAACCUUCAAUGUCUCUUCAUCGACGUCCAAAGUUAUUCAGAUGGAGUUUAUGGAAGGUAUGGAAAUAACAGACGAAAUAAUGCUUGGAAAUGCUGGAUGGGAUAAACUCUUCCAAACACCACAAUUUUUCACCAAAUAUCGACAUUUCAUUGUUCUUCUGGUGAGUUCAACAUCAGCUGACGAUCACUUGGAAUGGUGUGGAUUGGUUGAGUCAAAGAUUCGUAUUCUCAUCGGAAAUUUGGAACGAAAUCAACACAUUCAGUUAGCUCAUGUAAAUCCAAAGUGUUUUGAAAAAACAACAGGAGCAGCAAAGGAUAACAAGACGACACCGCAAUCAACUUCAUCGCAAUCAGCAACUGACAGUGAGAAGACAUCAAGUGAGAGUGAAGAUUCACAUGCAGAUUUCUGUUCGAUGUGGUUUAUUGGUCUUGAAUUUGAACGCACCGCUAAUCUCAAUGUCGAUCUCACUGUCAGUAUUCAAUCAUUCACAGAUCAAGUCCAUAAGCAUGCACUCAACAUUAAAAUGCUAAAGGAAGGAAUGAAAAUCGAAGCGCGACAUGUCCGGCGUAAACAACUCGUUCAAUACAUCGACAGCAGCUAUGUGAAGCGUGAGAAGAAAGUGUCAGAAUCACUUAAUAAUUCAGCAGCAUCUGUAACGCAACUAGCCAAGAAACGUUUUUCAGCUGAGAUGGGACAACUGACUAAUAAUCCAAAGCGUGCAAAGCUCCAAGAAUCCUUUGACAGUGUUGCAAAUGACUCGCAAAAUGACACAGUCUUAGAUGAUAGCUCACAAUCUGUAGCAUCUCCCCAACCCCAAUUGUGCACGUGACGAUCUGAUGGUGUUUUCAUUUGACCGAUGAACGCUUAGGAAUUGAUAAGGAUAAAUUUAAGGAUUACAAGUUCGAUAUAUUAAAAACCAUUCAAAUAUUUUCUUGAAAUUGAACACACUGUUCAUCUACAGGUUCAAACAUAAUUCAUCAUUUCAACAACUAUGAAAAUAAUCUAUACAAAAGUCUUAUUUUCAACCGAUAAUGGAUCGAGACAAAGUAAAAAAAGCAAAAAAAAUAUAAAAUUUUAGUUACUUAUAAGAAAGAAUGAAGAAAAACGACAAAAAAAUAUAUAAAAUUAUUAAAAAGAAAACGAAAAAAAGUAUGCUGAAGAAAUGAACAGUUUUUUAGACUUUUCCAUCUUAAACGUUUACUCUGCGUGACUAAAUGAAAAUUAUUAAUGAAUAAAGCGGCAGGAAAAAGAAAAUUCACACAACAUUAACUUAAGUAAAUGAAAGAAAGCACCUUCAUAAUGUUUUGUUUAGCUUACUUGCAAAUCUCUCCCACGCAAAGUAAACUGUAACAUGGAAGGUUAGCAUAAUUAAUCAAUUCAGCUUAUAAAUAUUUUCAUUUUCUUUACUUAUAUAUUUUUUUUAAUCAAUAAAAUGUUAGAGGAUUUAAGAACAGAUGUUAAGGACGUUUCCUUUUCAACGUAAAUGUCAAAAAUAUUUUCAAUUAGCUAAUAUGGAGUUGUGAUUCGGAAAAGGAACUAGAAGUACAUAUAAUCAACGUUGGAUUAACGGAUGGAAGAAACCAGAGACGAAGAAAGGAAACAUUGUAACAACCAACUAAGCAUAGAUUCAUUUAUUUUUAUGUUCUCGCAACUUAGAUUGUUAAAUAGAAAAAUAUUCAAAAUAUCAUCAUUAUUUUCUCUCAUAUUUCUUUUAACUUCUUCGAAAACUGUUUAAAUAAUUUUUGGUUCAUCCCUUAAGAUCCCUCAAACCAACCAUAAGUAGAAUGAAUAUAAGAGAGAAAACAUAUUUUUUCAUCUGUGGUUUUUGCUCACUAUUUGAUAUUUUGCCAGUUAUAAAUAAAAAUAUGUUAGGUUCUAACAAUAAAAUCAGUUCGACUUAUUAAGGAAGAUUUUUAGGGAUUUUCAGAUUUCAUAAAAAGCAAGGAAACAUCUUUUGAGAAUCAAGAUUAAUGUCGAUUAUGAUUCACUAUCGAAAUUUAAAUCAGAAAUGUAUUAAUUAAAGUAGUCUAAUAAUUAUUUCAAUCUAAAUCGGUUUUUUCACCUGUCGCUAUUUCUAAUUGGCAAAACGUCAACUACAUUAUAACAUCAUAAAUAAAAACAACAUUCUUGUAAAAAUUGAAAUUUAAUUUUAUGAACAUAAAUUUGAAUAAAGGUUACAACCCAAUAAGCCUAA